AGGCCUGGUAGUCCGCGCCGUUUGAAACCAACAGUAGAGCGCCGCCGUCGUCUCGGCUCCCGCCCAGCCCGGCCUGACGCGGCGGCGCGCCCCCCUGGGAGCUGCGCGCCAGCGGUCGCGCCGGCUCUGCUCAGCCAUUCCGGGGCUGGCCGAGGAGCGCCCGAAGCGGGGAGAAGCGCGGUGAGGCGCCGGCCCCAGCAUGUCGCUGCCUCCGGAGAAAGCCUCCGAGCUGAAGCAGCUCAUCCACCAGCAGCUGAGCAAGAUGGAUGUCCAUGGCAGAAUAAGAGAAAUCCUUGCCGAGACAAUACGGGAAGAAUUGGCACCUGAUCAACAGCAGUUAUCGACUGAAGAUUUGAUCAAAGCCCUUAGACGUCGAGGAAUCAUUGAUGAUGUGAUGAAAGAACUUAAUUUUGUUACUGAUAGUGUUGAUCAAGAACUCCCUUCCUCUCCAAAACAACCUGUUUGUUUCACUGAUAGACAGUCAACGUUGUUAAAAAAAACUAAUAUUGAUCCAACACGGAGGUAUCUUUACCUUCAGGUUUUGGGUGGAAAAGCUUUCUUGGAACAUCUACAAGAACCUGAGCCUUUACCGGGACAAGUUUGUUCAACCUUUACUUUAUGUUUACAUUUUCGAAACCAACGUUUUCGUUCUAAACCUGUUCCAUGUGCCUGUGAACCAGAUUUUCGUGAUGGCUUUUUACUUGAAGUACACAGAGAAAGCUUGGGUGAUGGAACUAGAAUGGCUGAUUCAACAACAAUGUUAUCAAUAAGCGAUCCAGUUCAUAUGGUGCUAAUCAAAACAGACAUAUUUGGUGAGACUACUUUAGUAGCAUCCUAUUUUCUUGAAUGGCGAUCAGUUUUGGGCUCAGAAAAUGGAGUGACCAGUCUUACUGUGGAACUUAUGGGUGUAGGCACAGAAUCAAAAGUUUCUGUGGGAAUUUUAAAUAUAAAACUUGAGAUGUACCCACCUCUCAAUCAAACAUUAUCUCAAGAAGUAGUUAACACACAGCUUGCUUUGGAACGUCAGAAAACAGCAGAGAAAGAACGAUUAUUUCUUGUAUAUGCUAAGCAGUGGUGGAGAGAAUAUUUGCAAAUUCGACCCUCACACAACUCACGGCUGGUUAAGAUUUUUGCACAGGAUGAAAAUGGGAUAAAUAGACCGGUCUGUUCCUAUAUUAAACCACUUCGAGCUGGGAGGCUUCUGGAUACUCCAAGGCAAGCAGCAAGAUUUGUUAAUGUCCUUGGUUAUGAAAGAGCCCCGGUUAUUGGAGGAGGAGGUAAACAGGAACAGUGGUGCACUCUGCUGGCCUUUCUCUGUAGAAACAAGGGUGACUGUGAAGAUCAUGCUAACCUUCUGUGCAGUCUUCUUCUUGGUUAUGGAUUAGAAGCCUUUGUCUGUGUUGGGACUAAGGCAAAAGGAAUACCUCACGCAUGGGUUAUGACCUGUGGAACUGAUGGAACUGUCACUUUUUGGGAGAGUUUAACAGGACACAGGUAUAUCCACAAACCUGUCAAUCCUGAUGAAUCUCCAGUUGCUGAACAGCCCAAACCAUUGUACCCAUAUCGAACAAUUGGUUGUGUUUUCAAUCAUCAGAUGUUCCUGGGGAAUUGUCAGCCCUCUGACUCAGUGGAAAUCUGUGUGUUUGAUUUGAAUGAUGAAUCUAAAUGGAAACCCAUGAGUGAAGAAGCAAUAAAAUCUGUCUGUGCCCCAGGAGCUACAACAUCCCUUCCUCCCUUUCCCCCUCUAUGUGCAUCUACAAUUGAUGCUUCAGUAACGAGUAAUGAAAUAGAAAUCCAGCUAAGGCUACUAGUGUCAGAGCACAGAAAGGAUCUUGGUCUCACUACAGUUUGGGAAGACCAGCUUUCCUAUCUCUUAUCACCAGCUUUGGCUUCUUAUGAAUUUGAGCGUACAACAAGUAUAUCUGCAGGCAAUGAAGAAUUUCAAGAUGCCAUAAGGAGGGCUGUACCUGAUGGUCACACGUUUAAAGGGUUUCCAAUACAUUUUGUAUAUAGAAAUGCAAGGCGUGCAUUUGCCACAUGUCUUCGGUCUCCUUUCUGUGAAGAAAUAAUUUGUUGUCGUGGAGACCAAGUGCGACUGGCAGUUCGUGUCCGAGUGUUUACUUACCCUGAAUCUGCAUGUGCUGUUUGGAUCAUGUUUGCUUGGAUUUAUGGGAAGACUUUGAUGCAAGAAUAGGAAAACCUACCAGAAAACAUAAAUAUUAAUUACAAAAGAAACCUCACAGAAAAGUACGUGAAUAAUUAUACUCUUUUAUUAUGAUACUGAUAGUAAAAUCAAUAUGGAUCAUUAUUUUUUCAUAGAUUAAAUGGGAUUAUUUUAUAUAAAUUAGGAGAAAAUAACCUCAUAACAGAUUAAUUUAUUAGGUGAAAUAUAUUUGAUGAAUUAUCACUUUAGUAGUUUACCUAUGGCUAUUGGGAUAUUUGUGACUUUCCAGGGAUUUAUGGGAAGACUUUGAUGCAAGAAUAGGAAAACCAUACCAGAAAACAUAAAUAUUAAUUACAAAAGAAACCUCACAGAAAAGUACGUGAAUAAUUAUACUCUUUUAUUAUGAUACUGAUAACCUGUUUUCUAUAAUUAAAUUUUUUUAUGUUUAUUUUUUUGAGAGAGAGAGAGAGAGAGAGAGAGUGCAAG